AUGCGCUUCGCCAAGGCGCAGGAGAAGAAGAUGGGCAAGCCAGAACAGCCCGUUGUUAUCAAGCGCGGGCCGCAGAAGAGCCCGAUUAGCAAGGUGUGGAUCAUCCUCCUCGGCUUCGUACUAUGCGGCGGUCUCCUUUUCGAGCUUCUUAAGCUGUUCUUCUAA